CUCGGUGUAGAAACACUGUCUUUGUGCACUAGAGGAAGCCAUGAUGGCCGCCACCAUGAAGGGACCUGUAGCCAUUGAAGAAGUGAAUGUCACAUUUGCAGAUCAGCAGAAGAUCAAUAAAUUUGCCAGGAACACAAGUCGUAUGACAGAGCUGAAAAAUGAAAUCGAAGCAAAGAAUAAAUCGCUUCAGAACUUACAGGAUGCCAGCGAUGACCUCAUGAUGUUAGACGACGACGCUCUAUUGAUCCCAUAUCAAAUUGGCGAUGUCUUUGUCAGUCACACCCAGGAAGAAACACAGGAGUUGCUGGAGGCUGCAAAGGAAACACUGGAGCAGGAGGUCAAAGGCAUUGAGGAUCGCGUGUCAGCGAUACAGCAAGUAUUGGGCGAUCUGAAGGUCCAGCUCUAUGCCAAGUUUGGGAACAACAUUAACCUGGAGGCGGAUGAAAGCUGAGCUGUGAGAUGGACUUUGACAGCUGCCCCCACACAGACUUUUUCAUGCAGCUCUCGUACCCGUUCCACAAAGCAUUUGCCGAACGAAACAUCCCGUAGGACUCGGCAUGAGCGGCUUAGAUCUGUAGCUCCGGGCUUUUGUUUGCACCAACGUAUGAUUCUUCAUUUUAGCUCUGCCAUCUCAUUUACAAGGACAACAAAAGAAAAGAUUUGGAGAUUAAAUAAAUGCACAUCAUUUCUAACCGAUUGUAUUUCGACCCUUAAUUAACGCUCAUGUUUUCUUUUUCUCUGUUCAAAGUAAAGUAAAAAGAGAGAAACAAAUCAACUGUGUAGUGUUUUCACAUGUGACACAUUUAUCAUUCUUUGCUUGUUUCAUUUGUGAACUAACUUUGUGUUUGACUUCCCUAAAGGAAGAAAAGAAUAGUUUCUGCACGGAGGGCUGAAAUCCUUAGAGAAAUAUCAUCUGCUUGACCGUCAGAAUUUCGUGGUGUUUACACAUCAAGAUAAUUUGAUUAAAUAAGUACCUGCUGUUA